CUGAUGACGACGGCUAAUCACUAGAGCGUCGUCUCUUUGCUAGCCUCGUCAAGGCGGGACAGACCUCGUCGUCGUCGCGGUUGCUCCUUUGUCCUUAUAACAAAGCUUAGAGGUUAGAGACGACCGACCUCCCCCGCCCCCCUCAAGCACGUCGCCCAUCAUGGCCCCUCCGUCUCCUUCGUACCCGCUCUACACGGGCCCCACCCACACACCCUACCCCAUCAUUGACCCGGCAGUGUCCACCCUCCUCCCACUCUUCCAACCGCCAUCACAACAGGCACCAGCAUACCCGCCUCGCCCCGAGCUGCCGGUUGCCGUGCCGGCCGGCUGGACCCGCACAGUGCAUGCUGCGCCGGCCGCGUACCCCCGCUCUGGCGAGAACGCUGUCGGCAACCUCGUGCGCGAGUCCAAGCCGUUCUCCACCAAUCUGCCCAUUCCAGCCGACAAGGCAAACGACAAGGCGUUCAAGGCCGCCGUGUUCACCACCGAAGCGAACAAUAUCACACGCGCCCACUACCUCGACCACAUCCUCACCGCUGAAGAGGCCGCCUCGUCAACCCAGCCCCACCUCUGGCUCGGCGUCGAGCGGUGGACGCGCGACAAGCCGACCGGCGGGAUCACGCUCAUCGUUACCCAGGCCAACGGGCUGAUCAAGGAGCAAUGGGCGCCGACGAUCAAGUCGAUCCUUGAGCGCGGCCCUCGCGCUCCCGGGGCAGAGUUCGGUACUGGCUUGCCCAUCCGGCACGACACGCGCGUGCUCAUCGACGACGUGUGGUUCCUCGACGCGGUGACGCACGGCACCAGCAUCGACCUGAACGCCAGGCUGCAGGGCACCACCCACACGUGGUACGACACGGCGCGCGACAUCCUCAACUUUGUCGCGCACGUCCUUCCUGGUCUGCAGGGCCAGCGCGCGCCGUACCAGCUCGAGUGGAAGCCCGAGGGAACGGCGCAGUACGCCGACGUGGUGCCGGUCGGCCACUCGUGGGGCGCGAGUGCCAGCAUCCAGGCCGCGGUUGCCCGUCCGGAGCUGUUCCGUGCCAUCCUCAGCGUCGAGUCGACUUGCCCGCCUUCCAAGGUCCCCUACUCCAAGUUCCUCGAGCUCGGCCCCGGCGCGUUCCCGCAGGCGGCGGGCGCCAUCCGCCGGCGCAACGGGUGGCCGUCGCGCGAGGCGGCGCGCGACCAGAUGAGCAAACAGGCUUUCUACAAGGCGUGGCAUCCGACCACGUUUGACAUCUUCAUCUCGCACGGCCUGGUGCCCAUCAACCCCAAGGACCCGAACGGCGCGGUGCAGCUCGCGACGCCGCCGUGGGCCGAGGCUGCCGUCUUCACCGACGACUCGGCUGUCGGCGCGACGUGGGACAAGCUGCUGCAGCUGCGCAUCCCCUCGGGCUUCAUCAUGUGCGGGGACAAGGAGCCGAUCUGGACCGGCGGCAGCGUGCUCACGCGCGAGCUGGUGUGGCGGCCCUGGAGGAGCCGCAACGAGCGCAUUGCGGAUGGUGGGCACCUGCUGGUGCAGGAGAAGCCUGAGGAACUCGCCGAGGCCAUCUGGCGGUUCUUCACCACGCUUGAUGCUGGCGCGUGGGACGUGGAUCGGAGCAAGGCCAAGUUGUAGUAGAGUACGCUUGCGCGGGAGUGCAUCCCCGCUUGCCCCAGAAGAAUACAUUGUAUCGUGGAUGGUGA